GACUUUCUUCCCACAUUCCCACACACACACACACAGCGCAAGAAACCCUUUCGAGUUCGAAUCAAGGAGAAGAUGGAAGCUGGUACGAGGCUCCUUUCUCCAUCACCUCCGCCCAAGCAAGCAAGAACAUACAUUAGGAAUCCUUCCUUCGGUUCAGUUUGUUCUCUACGCAUGCUUAUUUACUUAAUCUACAGGCAUUAUCACAUGGUGAUCGUAUUUUGAGUUGCUUCUGAGAGUGUGAAAUCUACAGGCCGCUGUUUGCUUUAGGCAAAUUUGGAGAACAUUAUCAUCUUUCCAGACUCAUUGUCUAAUUGUGAUGCAGUUGCGAGGCUACAUGAUCAAGCUGUUCGGGCAAUUAGAUCUGUGCCUGCUGCAUUGGUUGUGCGUCCUGUUUCGGCAUCAACUCUUUCAAAGGACCAACAGGAUGAUCGUAGAGCUAGUUUUAACAAGGAUGAAAAUAGAGCAACAGUGAUCAUCUUUUACCCUUUUGGAUCUCUAUGCAUUUUUUGCUUCUGCCUUUUCUGAGAAUUUGUUAUAUGCCUUUUCUAUAACAACUUUGCUAUCUGUCAUAGUUCGCAAUCUUUAGAAGACUACUGUCAAUUAGAAUUUUGGCAGAUCUUUUUUGACAAGUAUAAGCUAUGCUUUAUAAAUAAACUGUGAAUAGCAUGCAUUUGUAUAUUAAUGCUAUUCAUUUGUAUAUAUGAAAUGCUAUUCAUUUGUAUAUAUGAAGGCAACACUGUUUAAACAGCUAACGGAUGUUGGAAGUUCAGAUAACAAAGUGAAGGAAGAGUAUGAUUUUGACCGACAUCAGAGAGGAUCUGAAGACCAAUUGCUUUAUCGUUCGGGUUUGUUGGAUCCAUUCCCAUCUUUCCACUGCAAGGAAAAAUCCCUAUUAGCGAUAUCCAUCGAACAAGAAGACAGUGCUAAGUCUAUAGGUCAAAAUAAGAGAAUGCAGUCCGCUAAUGGUACAAAUUUCAUGACACCGGUGGAUGUUCUCGCCCUUGCUACAAGAGCUACGAUGGCCUCAAGAGAAGCCACAUCACUGGCAGAAAAAUCAAAUAUUUUAGCAGCACAGUUUCUUGAAUCUCAUUCUUCUCGCUUAAAUUAUGAUGGAUCAACCAUGGAAACUGUGAUCGAAGAAAAAAUGAACGUCAGAUCGAAACGAUUGUUGAAGAGGCAGUCCAAGAAACUCAAAAGUUUCAUCCUCGGAGAUACUAGAUCAGCAGCUGAAAUUAACAAGAAGAUAAAUAGAAGUCUUGAUUCAAAUGACCCCCUUAGAUCAUUUUUAUGGGGUCCUGAGACAAAGCAGCUGCUAACUGUUAAAGAAGAAAAGGACUUAUUCGUCCAGAUACAGGAUCUUAUGAGAUUGGAAGAAGUUCAACAGAGACUUCAGGUACAGCUUAAUCAUGAACCAACAUUGGCUGAGUGGGCUCAGUCUGUUGGAAUGAGUUGUGAUGUCCUGCGGUCCUUGAUUUCUUCUGGGCGACGCAGCCGGGACAAGAUGAUCUAUGCUAAUUUCCGUCUUGUGGUGCAUUUGGCUAGACGGUAUGAAGGGAAGGGCCUCGAGUUUCAGGAUCUACUGCAGGAGGGAAGCAGGGGGCUGAUGAAGAGCUUAGAGAAGUUCAAGCCCAAUGCUGGCUGCAGGUUUCCGACUUAUUCUUAUUGGUGGAUAAGACAAUCAAUUAGGAAGGCCAUAUUUCAGAAUUCACGAAUCAUUCGUCUUCCGGAUAACAUUUAUGCAUUUCUAAAGGAGAUAAAGUAUGCGAGGAGACUGUGCAUUCAAGAAGGCCGGCUCCCAACAAAUGAAGAGAUCGCAAAGCGGGUUGGCAUCACAGUUAAGAAAUUGGAAAAACUGCUCCUAUACUUUAGAGAUCCAGUAUCAAUUCAGGAACAUGCUUGGCAGAAUGUCACUUUUCAAGAGAUCACAGCAGACCCUGGGGUUGAGAUUCCUGAUCUUAUCGUCGCGAAGCAGCUGAUGAGACAGCAUGUUCGCGACAUUCUAAAGACCUUGAAGCCGAAGGAGAGGAAGAUAAUUCAGUACCGGUUUGGAAUGCAUGAGAACAAGAAGAAGACUCUAAGCGAGAUUGGCGAUAUAUAUGGCCUGUCGAAUGAAAGGAUACGACAGCUCGAGAGCCGAGCUCUGAACAAGCUGAAAGAGUGGUGCCUUACAACUCAAGGUCUAAAGGCGUACCGAGACUUGAUCGUCUGAUCCUACCCAUCUUCAACUUCCAUACCCAGUCAUCAAAUUUACCUCCUUUACUGUAUUUUGUCUGUCAUCUGCUCCAAUCCAUCACAUGUCUAUAAUCUACUGUACAUAAUGAGGAAGUCAUGAAUAGCUUUUAAGCUCAUCAUUUGCCUACGUUACUACCUAUUGCCUCUGGUUGCUGUCUUUCAGCAGAGGAACAGAUCUUGUGCGGUGAUAUGAAUCUUCUAAGUAAUUAAUAGUGACAAAGAAAGCAAAAUGUUUGAGAACUAAUCAAGAACAGAUGACUGGGAAGAAACAUAGAGGGGAAAGAUGGAUUGGUCGUGACAGCAGCUAUAGAUUCAAGCAUCAUCAGGAGUCUCAUUUGCAGCAUCCUAAGCUGCACUGGCAAACAUAGACUCUUCAAAUCACAUCCUGGAAUACGGAAAGAAGUGAGAAGAAACAAUAAGGAUGACCUUUCCCUGGUCUUGUUUCUGAGCGCAGGAGCAACAGCAGCAACUAAACAUUGGCAUGAGCAAGAUCAAACUCUGAUGCAACUCCAGUGGGACAGAGAAGCAGAAUGGAGAGCCUUCCAUCUGAAGCAAGUCACACCGCUUCACCGUGCUGCGGCAACCGAGUCACCGUGCUGCGAUGGAUGGAAGCAUUUGGGUUUCGACGCGCUGUAACCGAGUUUGAGAUGGACUCAGUCGGGUAGGCCGAUACGAACCUGAACCGGGUUCAAUUCGAGUUCGAAUGAUUAGGUAAUUAGCAGCGCUUUAUACGUGGAGAAAUGGACCGAUACGUUAUCCCAAGGAGAAGAAUAGUAUAUCCCGGUUCAGGUCACGCAUACGAGGACGGGAUCCGUUAUCUCAACUCUGUCAGGGUUAUAACCCCGAAACGGCGUUCCGUUUUCUUUGUGAUACUCGCGGAUCACCGAUUCUGUUUGUUGGUUUUAUAUCCUCCUCUCCCCCGUGCCCUAAUCCGAAGGAGAAAGGUCACAACCGGGUAUCUUCCACAAGCCAUCCACGGCCACCGGAUACCCUGAGGCAGAAGAUUCGACGCCCUCGCCCACGGCCGGCCGACACAGCGACGGCUUACUACCAUCACUGUAAGUCAGUUUUCCUGAAUCAUGGAUCGCCCAAAUGGAAAUGAUCAUCGUCGUAGGUUUCGAAGUUCCAAGAUCACCCGAUUCAAGCUACAACAACCCUGUAGCAGGAAAUGAAGACGAAGCCCGAGAGCCUCCACUUGUCCCUGCCCAUCUGCACCACACCUCGCUGAACUACCCACCCAGCCAAGACGAUCCAAGUAGUAUCUCAGUUCCCCAAAACGUGAUUCUUAAUCACCUCUACAUUGAGAACCGGGAUGGCCCAAGAUCUGUUGUAGCUAUGGGAAUUACCCACCGUUUCCGAUCGAAGAAAAGCUGACUGCUGUGGCUGUGACCAACCGACCAAGUAAAAUCCCACCUCACUGACUGCUCAUCUACGUAAAAUUGAACUUAAUUCUCUCCAUUCAUCUUCCUAGGUUUGUCUUCUUAUAUGGGGUUUUUUCUGUAUGUUACUGUGGCGGUUGGUCUGCUAUUGAAGUCACUUUAUUAUUGCA